AUGGAUGAUUUCAUCAAUGAACUCAAGGAGGAGCGACCACCAGAUCUGAAAGCAAGAAGGGUCUGCUGUGGUUGCAAGAUAGAAGAGCCAGCUGACAAGCCAUUUAAGUUGCAAUGUAGCCAGUGCAAAGAUGAAGGCUUUGUUCCAGCUCUCUUCUGCUCCAAAACGUGCAGCAAGCAAACCUGGCCAAAACACAAAGAAUGGCAUGAAACUUGGGGACAAGAUGCAAAGAAUGCUAUUGGUACACAUAAGAUUAUCUUGCUGGAAAGAGAAGAGUGGUCUGACUAUGAUGCAUUGAUUGUGGCUGGACUAAGGAAGAUCAAUUCUGGUGACUACGCAGGUGCCAAGAAACUGUUUCGUAAAGCACAAAAACUUGAUACAAGACGGCCAGAAGCAUUUACAUACCUUGGCAGUAUGUUUCGUAUGUCAGGUAUGGAGAGUGAAUUCAUCUCAAACACCCAGGAAGGAAUCAAGCGUGUUGCGUUGACUACCUUGAUGCGCAAUUACAACAAUGGCGUUGUUGUGGAUGUGAAGCGUCUCAAGAAGGACAUGUGGGGCUGGGCUACAGGUGUCUGUGAUCUCUGUGUACAGUACGCAGAUGUUCAAAGAAAAGAGUCAGAAAUACCGAAAUGGUUUCACCACGAUGACAUACUCAUUCGAGUCACAAAGGUGGCACUUGAAUCGUUCAAGGAGUAUAAAUAUACGCGUGAUCGUACCAUCAGCGAUAUGACAUAUAUGCGAGCGCACCUUCUCUCUGGUUUCCUACAUAAUGGAGUUCAUGACAUUUCAAAGGAGGUUGAGACUAUGGUCCACCACCGCACACCUCAACAGCUGCUGGAAGCAUUGGCGCUCUAUAGGAGUCUUUCAAAAGAAGGAUCAAAUGCCAGUGACUCGGAGUUCUUUCAAUCACAAGCUGUAGUGCUGGAGUAUAUAGCAGGAGUUAAGGAUCGCAAACAAGGCACGCCCAGCAAUGACAAUGAACAACGGGUAAUCAGAGCUCAUGCCUGGGUAACCCUCUGUGGCCUCACCAGCCCUUCUGGCUCAGCAAUGAACGGGAAGCUGGGCCUUGUCAGUGAGAAUGGCUUGCGAAAUGGUCGACAUCUUGUGACAGUGGAUAGAUAUGAUGGAGUCAAGUGCAUUAAACCUGAAAACUUGGUGGAGAUUCCAGUUGAAGAGCACUAUGAGGCCCUACUUUCCACACUGGGGGAAGAAAUGCAAUGGAGGUUUAUGAGGAAUUUGGUGGAGUGUGAAGCAGAACCUAAACAAGUGGAGCCAAACUUGGAAAAGAAGAAAGCACCACAGUCAAACUGUUGA